AUGGCGUCUAGUAACGACUCCAACGCCCAACAAGAGAAUUUCAAGACCCAGCUAGACAAGGCGGCUGUGGACCAGCGAGAGCGAGACCAAGAUCCAAAACUGAAUCCAAUCGUGGAAAAGAUUGCCGAGUUCAUUCCGGCCGCAGGCAAGGUCCUGGCGCCCAAAGAGAAGUCGCCUGGAGAAGAACGGGAUGAAAUCCCUGGUCCGCCCGACAGGCCUCAUCACGACCACAAGAUUGAAGAAUUUGUUCGAGACCAGCAUCGGAGCAAGAUGCCGGGAGGCGAUUUGAGUGCAGUAGCGCAGGAUUGA